CUCAGUUGGGCUCGUGGCACUAUCGAGGUGGUCGGCGGCACUCUCCUCCACGCUUACCUUCCCUCAGUCAGUGCCAAACUAAUUAAUUACCUGGUUUUUGUAUUUUCACUGACUAGCUGACGGACUGACUCACUCACUGACUCACUCACUGACUCACUCACUCAGUUUUGUCGCGGCUCCGUCAGUGAAUCACCAACCACCACCACCACCACCAGCAGUGUUAUGAGUGUCCAGACUGUGGUGAAGAAGCUACAUACACUCACAUAGACGCUUCAGUAAAAAUAGUUAACGGUGAAGGAGGUGUUGGUGGGUGUGAGCAGCUGGCUGGUGGAGAUAGUGUUUACUGCAGCAGUGGGGGGUGAUAGUGUUUUAAUAAUUAUACAGUACUACAGAGUGACUUCUGCAGGCCACCACCCACAGCCACCACCACCCACAGCCACUACUACCACUACCCACAGCCACUACUACCACCACCCACAGCCACUACCACCACCACCCACAGCCACUACCACCAGCAGCAGCCUUGGGUUAGCUAAACAGCGCGGUGCCGUAAUUGCGUUAACGGGUAGUAAGAGUGUGGGAGGAGUGUAGUAGCCAUGGGGGAGGAGUGGACGCUACCCCCUUCCAGCACCACACCCCGGAGGUGACGGCCUGUUGUGUCAUCGUCAACACUCUGCCAGACUGGUUAAAUGGUUCUUUGUGAACACGUGGACUCAUAAAUGGAUUGUGUGAGCACGUAGAAGGACCCACACAUGGCUCUGGUGAACACGAGUGUUGAUGGGUUGGUGGGGAGUGCGGCCAUUUUGGAUGAGAUGGAGCAGAGCGGCGGCGACUAUAACCCCCUCACGUCAGACCCGCCGACCAUGGGAGAUAACUCGACCUACAAGGAUUAUGGCAUAGCGGUGGUGUCGACCCUCUCCUUCUUCUUGGUGGUGUCCAUGGUGCUGGCCCUGGGAGGCAACGUGAUGGUGAUCAUCACCAUCGUCAGACACCGCGGCAUGCGCACCAGGACCAACCUCUUGCUGGCUAACCUGGCGGUGGCCGACAUCUUGGUGGCGGUGCUGGACAUGCCCAUCGCCCUCGUCACCAUCAUCAACGGCAACUGGGUGUUUGAUGACGUCUUCUGCUACUUCAACGGGUUCGCCGUGGGUCUGGGCCUCAUGCUCUCCGUCCACACCCUCAUGUGGAUCAGUAUUCACAAGUUCAUCUCCAUCACCCGGCCGUUCUCAAGGUCUGUGACGCCGGGGAAGAUCGUGAUGAUGAUCGUUGCAGCGUGGACUUGGACCAUCUUGUUCAACCUCACUCCCACACCUCUCAUUGGUUGGACUAAAUCAGUGUACAAGAAAGGAGCUUCACAGUGUGGCCCUCCCCCACCAAAAGCGAAGAUGCAGUUUGUCCACGCUGGCCUCAAUACCUCCGUCAACCUGGUCAUCCCCAUCAUCGUCAUGAGCUACUGUUACUACCGAAUCUUUAAGGAAGUCAGAGAUCAUCUUAGUAGGAUGAGAGACUUUGCUGAUGCAAGUAUGCGUUGCUCUCUGAUACAACAGAAGCGCAUCACAGAGACACUCUGUAUUGUGAUGUCGAUGUUUGUGUUGUUCUGGAUGCCCUACAUCGUGUAUUCUCUCUCUCUUGUGUUCCUCGGCCAAGAGAACGUUUUAGAAGUGUUCAACCCAAUAGGGUACUUAUUUGGUUACAUGAACUCAGCAUGUAACCCUAUUAUCUAUGCACUUCGCUCACCCUCAUUUCGUCGUGGCUUCAGUGAGAUCAUCUGCAGAAACCAGGGGGGUACACCAGCAUAUUCCUUAAGUGGUGGUUCCCUCAUCCAAGGACGGUCAACCAUUAGAAGAACGGUCACUGCCAUUACAGAUAGAUCACAAUAUGAUCGUGUCCCAGUGUCAAACCAGUAUGGAAGGAUGAUAGUGUCAUUCCGGCAGUCACUGGGGAGAACUGGAAACAAGAGCAAAAGACGUGUAUGCAGUGCUAAGAACAAGGAAUGUAGGCAACUUUCAAGCACUAAUCAACAAAAGACAGCUGUUGGUGAUCUGGCAGCAGUAGAAACUGAAGGACAAGCUAAUUAUACAGCAGAUCUGCCCAUGAGUCCUCAGAAAAACAUUUACAGAUGUUAUGAUAAAAAUGAAGGAAAACAACCUGUCACAAACUGUAGUUCUGGAAAUGUGAUUCUGACAGAGUACAAGGAAUCAUCCACUGCCUCAGAAGAGAUGCAUCAUGACCCGUUUGCUUUCUCAAACAACGAUGUGAGUAUCAAAUAUGACUCGGGUAAUAUUUACCCUAAUCAUGAUAACUCAGACAUAAAAGACUGUGAAAUGUCGUCUGUAAAUGAACAGAAUGUACCCGAGGUCUCAGUGCCACUUACAAGUAAUGACUCUUUUGAUAAUCUUGUCAGUGAUAUAUCUGAUGUGAGCUGCAGCAAACAGAGCCAUGUGAGUGUCAUUAUUCCAGACCAUCAAAGAGUUGUGGAGGCUCAUGUGCCAAGUUCUUCACAGUCUGAUAUUACAGGGCUGCAGUGGCCAUCUCUCAGGGCUCAGUUCCCAGACAAAUGUGUAACGAGGAGUCACCGAGAAAUAAUUUUUACUACUACGAACAUUAUUACUAAACAUAUUAUAAAGUCGGCUUCUAUGGGGGACGUAAGAACUACCCAACCCUUCUCCCAGCUAGAAAAAAGCCCGUGUUCACCACAAAUAAAACCUCCCCAACACCCAAAAGGAAAGCAGCGCCCAUGGCUUCUUGAGUGGCAGCCAAGUGUGGAUAAUCUUUAUGGAUCACCGAUUUUAUCUAGAAGAAAAAUUUUCCAUAUGAGGAAGGCUGAGGAAAAUAGUAAAUCAGGUGAACCCAGUGAACAGGAUAAAGAAAGUGAAGGUCAUAGAAAAAAACACAGCACAAGUAGUACAGGAAGUAGUAAACAUUUAGGUGUGACUGCCCUCAUUAAUAAUUUCAAGAGGUCUUUGUCUGAUCUGUUUAAUUUAGAGGAAAAUGCUAAUGUUCAAAAUGAUCCCACUAGUGAUACUUCGGACACAGCUGAAGAUAAUGAGGGCAGUAAAUUUUAUGUAUAACUGAGGAAGACACAAAUAAUAUAGCCCGGUAAAUGGGGGGGAGGGGGGGGGGAGAUCAGCAAGAAUAUCGUCUUGAAAUUGGGUCAGCAAAGAAAAUGAGUAUACCGAGUAAGUUACACAUACUGUACUGUAUUGUGUUUAAUUGCCUGUGUACAGUAUUGUAAUAGGAAAAACAGACUUUUGUCAAAGAUAAAUUUAAAAAGGGAACUUAUGACUUUUCAAAACUUUUAAAAUUUAAUAAGGAAAAUGCUGUAGCAUCACUUUACUUAAGUGAUAUAAGGUGUUUUGGGAUUUAUAACCACAAAGUGAGUUAAUCUAAAAGCUGUUCAACUGUGUGUACUAAAUGUAACACCAGGGAUCAUUUGUAUUAUCACAGGUAUAAUUAUUAUUCCCCACUGGAAUUGUACUCAGAAAACUAAAUGUGUAAUUGUAGAAUAACUAGUAUUAGUAUAUAAUAUAUUGUACAUAAGUUUUAAUGUGCCAAGAUAGUCUCAUAAGUUGGGAAGGUGAGAACAGUACAACUCAUGGGCCACUCACUCUCAACGACUUAUAGAGAUGAUGCGAGAUGUUCAAAAGACUACACACAGUUUUAAUUUCUGAGCAGUGAUAUUUGACACACUAACUUAGAGCUCUUGCAUACCAAAGUUUGACCUAGAUGUGAAUGUAUGUGGGGAAACAAUCCUGGAAUCUCCUUCAUCCAUAAUCAUUCAAAACUACGAUACAGUACCGUGAAGUGUAUGAUGAACUAUCACUGCAUUAUAUGUAUUAUGAUAGAAUAGGUAAGUGUGUACAUUGCUUGUAUUUAGAUGUUGGUUUAUUGAUGUAAAUAUAUUACUUGUAUGUAAGUUGUAUGUUUGAUGUUAUGUAUUGUUGUGUAUUUCUCCAGAUAUUUUCAAAAUAAUUUCAUUAAUUCCAGAAGAAAUGUGUCAGAUUCAUGUUUUUGUGGAAAAAUUUGGUUUCAUGUUAAGCAAAUAUUGAUGAGAAAUAAUGAGCAAGAAUUUAUUCAUUGUUGAUAUAAAGCUCUUGUAUAUAUUGUGCAUAUAUAAUAUUAAAAAAACCAUUAUUUAAAAUAUUUUUUUUCUUCAGAAGCACAUUUUAAGAAUAAACUACUGUAAUAAUAGUUAUGUACAGUAUUUUA